AUAAAUUUGAGUUACAGAUUUUGGUUAAAUAGCGUUGCACAAAGAAAAAAGUAGUGAUUUUUAAGUGUCGACGUGGCAACACCUUAUUGAGCACAUUUCCACAACUCCUUCUGAGGUUCAACGUAGAAAAUCAGAAUUUCCAAACCCGACAGUCUUUAACCUAAACCGACACAUCACGAGACGAGGAAUGGUUGUUGCGGGGUUGUAAUCAAACUGGUCAAAAGUAUUCCACGGCUACAAUGCUGUCACCAAGCGCCGCCACCGCUACCACUACGAUCUACACAACCAUUCCAAUCUCCGGCACUGACGUCAUUUCCCGAUCAUUCCAAAACGUAUCUACCUUCCUCUCACGUAGCCGUCCUUGGCCGGAAUUUUUCCCCGCCGUCGGCAACUUCGACCACCCUGGCUCACUCUCCGGGGCCGGACUCCGACUCAAACUCAACUCCAAGUACUUCAUCGUGAACUAUGCUAUCAUAAUCUUCACCUGCGCUACCUUCUCUCUCAUCGGCGUGCCGAUCGCGCUGAUCGUAUAUGGUUUGAUCUUCUUGCUGUGGCUAGUACUGUAUAUCUUUCGUGAAGACCCGAUGGCUAUGUGGGGUCACCACGUGAGUGAUCGAGUCGUGACUGUAGGCCUGAUCUUGGUCUCGGCGGUGGCUGUUUGGUUCACAGGGGCUUUGACCAAUUUGGUAAUGGGCACUGGUGCUGGGGUUUUGAUUUCGGCUAUACAUGGAGUCCUGAGAAAUCCAGAAGGGUUAUUUCUUGAUGAAAGCGAUGCCAUCUCUAACGGGUUGAUUGGUUCAAGACCCAGACCAGAGAAUUCUCAGAGAGCUGAUUUUUCGAAUUAGUAUUGAUUCAUUUGGCCCAUUCAACUCAUUGUUUCUGUGAUAAUUUUGAUCAAAAUUCUAACUUCACGAGAAGAAACAAAGAAUAGUUAAUUUUUAUUUUUUGGUGGUUGUUGUUGUUGUUAUUGUUGAAGCUUGUCCUUGGAAAUAGAGGGAGGGUGGAAUUGUUUAUGUGUGGGGUUUAAUUUGUGGUUUGUAAUGUUCUUUUAUUUGAUUGCUUUCGUUUUGUCAGCAAUGCGAGUGCUAAAGAUUGUUGGUGUCUCUUAUUUUUAUCAAUUGGGUUUGUUGUAUUUGACUGAUUUCUGUUGAUUCAAUGAGAAGAUUGAAU